AUGGCUUCCGACGAAAUACCGGACUUCCUGCAGAUACCUUACUGGCUCAUUCAACAUCCUGAAAUCCAGCGUCGUGACAUGCACCUAGUGCUCACGUUGCGUCCGGACACAGUUUUCGCUACAGGCUGGGACGCGUCUCCUCAGCGAGUGGUCAAGAUCGUUGAUCCUUCUAAAGAGGAAGCGGACAUUCUUGAUGGCCUACAGCGAGACUUAGCGUGUCCAGCUAGUCAUGUCGGGCCUUGCGACAUGGUCCGCUCCGACGCCUUCUUGGCAAUAAUGCCAUAUCUUACCUCAGUGGAGUACUUGCUUGCCUCCAGGAAGCUGAGCACCGUUCUCGAUGUGUUCGACCAGCUUCUAGAGGGAGUUGCAUACCUCCACGAUCGUGGCAUCGCUCAUAUGGAUUUGUGUUUUUCCAAUGUGCUUGCCGCGACACAUCGUGAGGCGAGUUUUGACCCACGUGUCAAGGCAGGCAAGCUCUACAUCAUCGACUUCGACCGCUCGCGCAAGCUCGACUUAAAGCCCGGCGUACAAGGCGCUGUUGCUUUGCCAGAGACUGUGUGCAGCCCUCCACCGGGCAUCACACAUUUAGAUCCGUACUCCUGGGACGUGUACUGUGCUGAGCUGCAAACGCAAUAA